GUCAGGCGGAUGACGUCAUCGCCAGUGGGGGACGCAAGCAAGCGACACAACGACAACAUGCUCAGUGGACAUGCUCGGGAAUUAGACGUUGUUGCAGCAGAGUUCCGUGUUUAAAACCGAUCUACAGUAAACUAGUAUUUGAGGACAGAUAAAUAAAAUAAAUGCAAAACCAGGAGCGCCAAUCAACAAGCUGAAAGCGGGACGGAGUGAAGGAUAGAAAGCGGAGACGACGACGAAGAAGAAGAAGAAGAAGGAGGAGGAGGAGGAGGAGGAAACAACAACCAAGCAUGCAUACGAGUUAUCUUUCGCUUUAAAAAAAUCGAAUAAACUGCAAAUAUUUGUGCAAAAAUAAUAAAAUAAGCCUGGUUCGCGGAUCAGAAACGUCGGAAGUCGGAACCCGCCAGGAAACAAAGCUGAAGAGAAUCUGAGGCCGCCGGACCGGAGCGCCUCGAGCAGCAGUGCUCCCCCACCCGCGGCUGCGACUCGUUCUUCACAACGUCCCCAAUGCGACCAUGGGAAAUAUCUGUGAAUAGGCGGCCGCCAACAGCCCCCUUAAACCAUAGGAGCUUCAUCGGGGGUCCUUGCAACGCGCCCGUGCACCUCAGGAGAAGUCCUCCAGGGCGCUGGCAGUGGGGGCAGCGAGACCGAGCGGCUGUGCACGCUUCCCUGCGGCAGGAUGAGAAUUUUCCCCACGCCUCAUUCCCGCAGCAGCAGCAGAGCCAAGCCGUUCCUGUAGAGGAGGCGAGGCAGUACAGCCAAGCCGGCGUGCCGCCCCGCAUGCUCCACCCAUCCACACAUCCACCGCAGCAGACCUCCAUCAUGGUGGACCUUCAUGAACAAAUGCACCAAGGAUCCGUUCCGAUCUCUUACACAGUUACCACGGUGACGACCCACGGCUUCCCAAUGCACACGGGCCAGCCGAUCCCGGCAUGCAACGCGCAGCAGCUCCCAGCAUGCUCGGUAAUGUUCAGCGGACAGCUCUCUCUGCUCUGCUGCCUUCCUCCUCCUCUAAUCCAGGGGUGCACCGUGCCCUUACCUGUGUCUUACCAGGCCUUUCCGCCUCUGAUCUCCAGCGAGCCUUUUCUUCUGCACACGAGCCCUCCGGUGGCGCCUCAUCAGCCACUGGGGCCACUCAGCCACUUCAUCCCCCUGCAGCCUCAGCAUCCGCGCAUGCCUCUGCAAAGAGUGGAGAACGAGGUGGACCUGAGAGGAGAGCAGCACCAUUUGGGAACGUUCUCGUACCCUGCGGCUCAUCACCCACCAGCAGCCAUGCCCCCCUCCGUGCCCCUGCAGUACCACCUGCCCCAGGAACCGCUACACCAGGAGCUGCCCUUUGCGGUGCCGUAUCCACACAUGCUGCCCAGACGUGGGAGUGGCCAGAGGUAUCGCUUACAACAGCCACUGCCUCCUCCGCCCCCUCCUCCGCCCUACUACCCCGGCUUCCUCCCUUACUUCCUCUCGAUGCUUCCUGUACCCCCGACUGCUGUGGGUCCUGCUAUCAGUUUGGACCUGGACGUGGACGACGUGGAGAUGGAGAAUUACGAAGCGUUACUGAACCUCGCGGAGCGACUCGGAGAAGCCAAACCCAGAGGACUGACGAAAGCCGACAUCGAACAGCUUCCGUCCUACAGGUUUAACUCGGAAAAACACCAAUCAGAACAGACCCUGUGCGUCGUGUGCUUUAGCGAUUUCGAAUCAAGGCAGCUACUUCGAGUAUUACCCUGUAAUCACGAGUUUCACGCCAAGUGCGUGGACAAGUGGUUAAAGACCAACCGCACCUGUCCGAUCUGCCGCGCGGACGCUUCCGAAGUUCACCGUGACGUGGAGUGAGUCCGGGGCCUCCGUCGUCCUUCACUGGAUAAAACAGCACAAACCUUGGAGUGUGUGGUGGGAGCGGGUGCACACACACACUCUCACACACAUAAUACAUGUGCGCAACCCCCCCCCCCUCAAAAAAAAAAAACAACAACAAACACCCCCCCUCACCCCGCCUGUGCCAUCCAGCAAAACGUAGAAGCAUCUCCUACACACUCGGAAACCCCUCCCCUUUAUAAACACUCGACCAAUAAGCAAUCUUCGAAGAUGUACGGAUUGUGUUAGACCUCCGCUGUGCUUCUGCCUCCUUCUAGCCCGGCAAAAACUCCCACCGAAUUCUCGUUUUCAUCCCUCGCCCCCUGUUUUUUUUUUUUCUUUCCUGUAUUUUUCGCCGAUUCCAAAGAUUAACCUGUGUGGUGUUGGCAUCUGUUUACACGGUCGAACGUGUUCUCGCUGUUCGCUUAGAAAUAAUUUGUGCUUUUAGCGGUGUUGAGAAUGGGGAAGCCUGGGAGCGGGUUAGACGAUUGCUUAAUCAGGGUGGGGGGUGAAACGAGGUUGGUCCAUUCCACUGUCUUUAGGGGGGGGGAGAAAAGCGUCGCCUGCUCAUUAGCUGCAUGUGUUUGUACAGGCGACGGGCUGAAGUGACUUGUUAAUAAUGUACGUUCUGCAAUAAUGUAUCGAUCGAUCUCAAUAGCUCUUUCCCAGCUUCGCUAACGUGAGCGUGAACGGCAAAAAAAAAAAAGUAACGCAGACUAAACAGGACACGUGUGUGUGUGUGUGUGUGUGUGUGUGUGUGUGAACAUGUCUGCUCCUGGGCCUCAUCGCUGUGGAGUUUUUGCACUGUUGCUGCACUGGAAACGGUCACAAGGACGAGGACCUGUGACCUCGGGCCGCCCACCAAACCUUGGCUGUACUGCUCGGGGAAGCCCUCCUCUCUUUCUUCAUCCCUUCAUCCCUCCAUCGUUCCUUCGCUAUGUUCGCACCCUCUCGUCCUCAAUCUCUCCUGGAUGGUUUCUCAUGGACUGUUGUUUUUAGGUUAGCAAUACUUUCUGACUCGACGAGCUUCUUGCUGCAUUUCACGCGCCGGUUCAGCGGGACAGCGGCGAAGGGAAUUUCACUUCCACCUGACGUCCAAAAAAAAACUGACUUCGGGGGGGAAAAACAGUGUCCCUUUUGCAGAAAGCAAUAUGUGCAAUGAGUGUCCUGAAUGAAGCCUUUUUUAGUUUUGGGUUUUUUUUUCGGAGGAGGACCGGGCUUUUCCUCAUCUGUGAGCCAAAUAUUCAAUAAUUCAAUACACUCUCCAAGGAUACAGCUCUGCCUUCUUCAAGACGUUGACAAGCACAAACUAGUCGUAAACAAACAAACAAAAAAAAAAUCUCUGUAGUGUUUUUUUUUUUUUUUUUAAAUACUGGUGUUAUUUAUUGGCUUUAUCUUCAGGAUUGAGGGGCAGAGCACUAGCACGGUGUAUCUUUGGUGCGGUGCGUGCUUUUGUUUUGUUUUUUUGUUUUUUUUUUGCGUGGGGGGGCGGGGCCACGGUAGCAAUGUGAAGUGACGUAAAAGACGAAGCAUCGUACGCAUAGCAUCCAAUUGCCGUCUUGUAUUGAGACAAAAGAAUGUGGGGGGGGGAAACGCCCCAUAGCGUCUCGUCGACUCUGCUUGUGUGUGCCAGCUGACUGUAGUGAUACCACGAUUCAAAAAGGAAAAAAAUACAAACAAAAAAAAUAAGGUCGUUGUUUAGAAAAUGCACUGUACAACCUGCUCAGCUCUCGGUUCGCUCUGCAUAGAAAAAAAAAAACACAGGGAUGAAAGGGUGUUUUUUUUUUUUUUUCUCUCGCUAUACUGAUUAUAGGACACAAAUAUAUAUGAUCUCUAUAAAUAUAAAUAUCUAUAUAUUCUUGCUUCCUUGUGUACACUGAGUAGCAGUUCUAAGCAGACUCGCUUUAUGGGUAAAAAAAAAAAAAAGACGACAUUGUGUUUUUUUUUAAUUCUUUUUUUUUUUUUUUUUUUUUAGCAUGCGAGUCUGAUGCUCACCAGGUUAAAAAAAGCCAUUGUGAUAAAUUUAAACCACACUUUUGAUAUUAAUGUGUAUACAUAUCCGUUCACUGACCAUAUAUUUUGGAGAAAAGUAAAAAAAAAAAAAAAGAAGAAAAAAGACAAAAAUAUUCUCAGGGCCUCUCAGUUUCAAAAUAAAAAGGAAAACAGGCAGACGGGGGAUGAAAUGAUUGACGGAUCGAUUUGAACAAUUUUCUCAGUUUUCCUCAGGCCGUGCAUAUUUUACGUGUAAUCCUUUUAACCGUAUUUAAUAAUAAUAAUACUACUAUUACACCGAGACCGGCAUGCAAAGAAAGAAGAGAGACUUCAAAAAAAAUAAUAAAGAAAGAAAAAGAGCAAAAUAUGAAAGAAUAGGCAACGUGUCACAGCGACCAAUUUUUCGAGUGUUCCUCAAAAAUGUUCGUGUUUGGGGUUUUUUUGUACUUGUGAAGAAAAAAUAUCAGAAAAAAAAAUUAUAGAUAUAAAAAGAGAAAAACGGCCAAGCGCAUUAUCAUACCUGAACCAUUUGAUUUUUUUUUUUAAAAAUUUUUGGCAUGGGGGUGGGGAUAUAUAUAUAUAUAUAUAUAUAAAAAUAUAAAUAUUAAAAAAAAUAUAUAGACGUGUGGGCGAAUAUUUACUCGUGCACAGUAUGCAUGCGUGUCUUAACCAGAUCCCGGCUGGUUUUACUCUUUGUUUAUUAUUAUUAAUUUUAUUAUUAUUAUAGUUGGCUUCGGGUUCUGGGGGAUUUCUGGCUCAGCUAAAAAACUGCCAUGCAUCGUACUGCACAGAACCGCGCGAGACGAAGCGCUCAAACCGAUCAUCAUUUCGCGAGCUCGGCUUGGUGUGGACGGUGAAGGCCGUGUUUUUGUUUUGUUUUAGAAAAAAAAAAUUUUGCCUCUCGAAUACAUUCGUGCUUCUGCUGUUGCCUCAGCGACUGAAAAACUGACUUGCCUGAAAAAAAUAAAUAAAUACUCGAUCACUGAAAGCCAUAUAGUGAAACGGUGCUAGAUGUCUGCCGCUCCAUUCACAUGUACCGGAAUGCAAUAGUGUAUGCGUGAGUGUGUGCGCGUGCGUGCGCGCGCGCUACAACUCUUGACUUUUCACGUAAUCUUUACAGCAUGCCGUGCUAGUAGUCGCCCCUAAAAACGAUCAGUUAAGAGCAAACAGGGGUUUUUUUUUUUUUUUUUUUUUUUUCUUGGACUGAGAAUUUUUUUUUUUUUUUUACUGUUAAUGGUUAACUGUUUUGCGCGCGACGCCGCGUAUUUUACUGCCCGCGCGAUCACAUCAAGUGCAUCUGCCUUAAACGAAUAUUAAAAAUAAAUAAAAAUUUACGUGUAUUGAAGGAGACUGGAAAAAAAAGAAGAAAAAAAAGAGUUCGUCUUGCUCUCACCAAAUCUUACUAUGUACCUGCCAUAGGGUCUUUAACCUUAAACAAGCACUAUCUGUAAAUGUUACGGUUAAAAAAAUAAUGAUAAAAUAAAAAAAAGUCAGCUGCCAUAUACGUAAGCAUUUUAGCUUUUUUUUGGGAGGGGGGGUGGAGUGGGAGGGACCUGACGGCUGUUUAUACUGUACUCUUAUUUAGAUUUAUAAGCAAAUUUUCACAAUAAUCUGAUUCCUUAAACCUCAGUGUUACCUGUACUGGAGAAGAAAAGAAAAAAGAAAAUGAAUUACACAUACGAAUACAUAGAAUCUUGUAGUCUUUCUGUGAUCCUGAUUAAUAAAUAAUCUCACAGCUUGUGUGGUGCAGUUGUGUUCCAAUAAGCAGCUCCGAUUCUUUAGGACUUGUGAUUUGUUGAUUGCUCUGUAGAUGCCACUGAUUGUUUACCAAUAUAUAUAUAUUUCUUUUUUUUUUUUUUUUUCUUGCUGUGGGCUCGUGUUUACUCUCCUAAUACUCGCCUGUAGGGGGCGUCUGGGCCACUCCGGAGCCUUGCCACCCCCCACAUUUCCACCAGUCGCAUCACCAACACCACCACCCCUCCCCUCCCCUCCCCUGGGGCCACCAACAGGUGGGGCCACACCUGUUAUGUGUUGGAGUUGGUUUAUGAUUAAUUUUUUAUUUGCUUUGGUACUUGCACAUUUACAGUUACCUCAUUUUUGCCAUGUUUGUAUUUGGAAGAAAAAAAAAGCAAAAAAAUUUAAAAAGCUAAUAUAUAUAUGUUUGUGUGUGUGUAUAUAUAAUGUAUAUAUGUAUACACACACACGUAUAUAUACAUAUACAUACGAAAUGGUUCUUAAUGCUAUAAUUUUCAUUCCAUUUGAAUCAUAUUGUUUGUAGCAUUUAACACAUAACUAGGUAUAGUGUAUUAUUAUAUACACGUCUGUAUACUGAUUGAAAAUUUUUAAGAUUUGUACUUUUUUUAAAUGAAAAGUUGCUAGUUCUGCUUUACCGAGUAGUGCAAUCAUAUUUUUUUUAAUUGUUGUGGCUGAAUUGAGAGGGUUGUUCACUAAUAAAUGUAUGAUGUAUACCAGUA